ACUCGCAUCGCUCCGUCUCGUGGCCCGCUCUUCCGCCCUCACUCGCUCGCACCAGUCGCAGGCCACACCUUCACCUCUGGCUUCGCGCCGCCGUCCGUCCGGCCCACCGCCGGCCCCUUCUCCCGCACCUCGCGCCCGCGCCCCGCUGCCCACCAUGGUCGAGGCCAACGGCUCCACGCAGGCCUCGUCGUCGGCGCCCGAGAAGGUGCCCACGCCGCCGCUCGUGCAUCUCAACAACACCUGGCUCUCCGAGCUCUCGGCGCGCAUCCGUGCGCGCCCGAUCCCGUGGGAGGGCUACCAGCGCGCCGACCUCGUCUCGCAGCCCGAGCUGCGCAUGAUCCGCGCCGUCGACGCCAAGCCGCGCGCCGCCGUCGACGGCGUCAUUGACGCCGAGGGCCCCGCCUACGCGCGCCUCUACCUCACGCUCCUCGGCAAGCUCAGCCGCACCGACACGCUGCAGCAGGUGCUGGUGCUCGUCGCCGACAUGCUCGACGGCCGCGACGACCGCGCCGCGCUCUUCCUCCACGUGCCCGAGUCGGGCGAUGCGCCCUCGUCGCAGGGCAGCGAUGCAUGGCCGUGGGCGCCGCUUGUCAAGCUGCUCGAUCUCUCCGACGACUUUGCGCAAGUCAAGGCGGCGACGGUCCUCACUGCGCUGCUUGUCUCGCCCGCUACUUCUGCCGCGACGACCCCUCCGUCGUCGGUGACGCUGCGCCUGCUCUCCUUCCUCGCCGCGCUGCUCAACAACGGCGCGCCGCGGAAUGCCAGCAGCGGCGUGGGCGGCUUUGCCGACGGCAACGGCACCGACAUUGCCAUUCAGCUGCUGCAGGCACUGCUGCGCAACCACCGGUUGCGCGCUGUUGUGUGGAAGGAGGAGCUGCGCCUUGCUUCGCAGUCGCAGGAGGGUCACGCCGAUGGCUCCAUCAAGGCGCUCGCCUCCAUCCUGCGCCAGAGCCAGGCGCCGCAGAGCCAGGACUCCAACGGCACGGCCACGCCCAGCGGCGCCGUCGGCCCGCAGAUGGUGUACCACGCCGUCUUCUCGAUCUGGCUGCUCAGUUUCGACAAGGAGAUCGCAGAGGACCUGAAUGCCAAAUUUGGCGUCAUCACACUCCUGGCCGAUGUGGCGCGCACGGCCGUCAAGGAGAAGGUUGUGCGCAUUGUGCUGGCGACGUUCCGCAACCUGCUCGCCAAGGCGCCAGACGCCAACGCGCCGGCCAUGCUCGGCGCGCGCUGCCUGCCGCUCGUCGAGGCGCUCUCGACGCGCAAGUGGACAGACGAGGAGAUCUCGGAGGACGUUGCGGCCGUGCAGGAGGUGCUGGCCGAGAAGCUCAAGGGCAUGAGCUCGUACGACGAAUACACGUCUGAGCUCUCGUCGGGCAAGCUCUCGUGGGAGAAUCCGGCGCACGAGCUCGAUGCCUUCUGGACGGAGAAUGCCGCGCGCCUCGUCAACGAGGACGAGGGCAGCGGCCUCAAGCAGCUCGUCAAGAUCCUGCAGGACGACGACAGCGAGGCGCUGUCGCUCGCCGUGGCGUGCCACGACAUUGCGCGGCUGGUGCGCGCGCACGAGAGCUCCAAGAAGCAGAUCGCAGCGGCCGGCGCCAAGCAGCGCAUCAUGGAGCUCACGUCGCACCCGGACGCCGACGUGCGUGUGCACGCCCUCGCCGCCGUCUCGCGUCUCGUCUCUGCCAGCUGGCGAUAGACGAGCCGUCGAAGAGCGAGUCCCGUGAGGCAACCCUUCCCGUACAUGACAGAGCAGAUUCAAUUUCACCAGCAUCACUUCG